AGACGUGUGGGGCAUAUUUGCUUACUCGGCGACAAGUUUUAUUUAUUUUUUUAAAGUGCUGUGUAUUACUACAGGGAGGAAGAAUGGUGACCGGGAACCCCGAAAUUGAGAAUUAUAUUGUCAAGCAUGAAAAAUCCACCCAUCAGAAGUUAACAUCAGAGCACUUCCAGCAGUCUGUCUUCACGAGCAGACUGUUUCAGAGCACAUAUGGUUAUCUUCCUUCUAGAACUGGCUGUAUUCGAGCAAUUCUCUUUCAAGAAAAGGCUGUAUCCGAGCAAUUCUCUAUCAAGAACUGGCUGUAUCAGGGAAACUGUCAAGAACUGGCUGAAUCAGAGAAACUGUCAGGAACUGGCUGUAUUCGAGCAAUUCUCUUUCAAGAAAAGGCUGUAUCCGAGCAAUUCUCUAUCAAGAACUGGCUGUAUCAGGGAAACUGUCAAGAACUGGCUGAAUCAGAGAAACUGUCAGGAACUGGCUGUAUCAGGAAAACUGUCAAGAACUGGCUGAAUCGGAGAGACUUUGUCAGGAACUGGUUGUAUCAGGAAAACUGCCAAGAACUGGCUGAAUCAGAGAAACUUUGUCAGGAACUGGCUGUAUCAGGAAAACUGCCAAGAACUGGCCGAAUCAGAGAAAUAUCAGAGCUAUUCUGUGUCAAGAACUGGCUGUAUCAUAGAAACUCUGCCAAGAACUGGCUGAAUCAGAAAAACUGCCAAGAACUGGCUGUAUCAGAGAAACUUUGUCAAGAACUGGCUGUAUCAGAGCAAUUCUGUGUCAAGAACUGGCUGUAACAGAGCAAAUCUCUAUACAAGUCUUUUGGUUGUAACUGAAUUAGAAUAUAUCUGCUGACAUUUCUUUAAACACAGGCUGUAUCAAGGCCCUUCAUUGGUGACCAUAACUUCAGAACAGCUAGUGGAUUCCCCUGUCCAGCCAAAAACCGUCUGUCAUUUGAUGUCACCUGAUUAUGUUGAUCCACUGAAAUCAACUUUGCAAGAAUGAAAUUUUCAGUCUGGGUUACAGAUAACACUUGGAGGACAGCUGUCGCUUUCUCCGGCUGAUGGUGAGUGUUGAAUUUACAAUUGUUAAUGUCAAAAUUCUAACUUUGAUAUUAGUACCAUCUUGGUUCAUCUAACUCAUUAUUACUCAUAUAUUAUUCACGCAUUUAUAAAAAUGUCUAGGAAAUGAUAACAUGUAGUUUCAGUCAGGUAUUUUGGAUCAAUUAUCCAGACAGACCGUAUUUUAAUCGCCAAUUCAAUGAUGCCCUCAAUUGAAUGAAAUUGUCGUUUUCUUUUAUAUUUUUAGGUCUUAGUUUUUUUAUCAGUAUAUAUUAUCUUGAGUGUGGUCUUUGGCGUGCAGCAUAGGCCUACUAUUUAGACGUUUGCGCUGUAUACCCACUUAUUCCAUCUUGCUAUCAAAUAUCAAGGUGAAUAUUUAUAUAACGAACAUCAGCAUUUUGAUUCUUAACCCACAUUUAGAGUGAUAUGUGCAUAUUGUCUUGAUUUAUUAGGAAACAAAAUGGUAAGAAAGAUAAGUUAUUUUUUUCGUCAGCUACUCUUGGUGUCAUCUGUUGUGAUUAUUAGAAAAGCCUCUGUUGUUAGUGUCUCCGAACUUUGUUUAGUUUGUGCAUAUACGAAAAGAGCCACAGAACUCGUACAUUGUAGCCACAACCUCAAAAGGCCAAAGCAAAUUCAUGUAACAGCGCUUCAAGUACCGAGUUUUGAAAGGCCCCAAACCAGUCAACUUGAUACUGUUCUUCCGCCGCAAGAUAUUGGUGGCUGUUCGUUUUACCUCCCCAUAAAUUUUCUCCUACUGUAGAUUUUAUUAGUUCUGUGUCUUAAGUAUAACAAAGUCUUUUAGAAAAAUGACAGUUACAAGCUUCAGCUAAUAUAUGUAGUUUUAUUUGUUCCAAUUUGCGGUAGAAUAAUAGAAAAAUGCCUGAAAACGUUUUGAAUGAAAUACUGUCCGUCCGAAACCAAUUUUAGACGUUGACUUCAGCAGGAGUGCUCUUUACUUUUGGACUUAAGGACAGGCAUUUUACAUAGUCAUUCAACUCAGUAACAUUGUUAAGAUACGUAAUAUAUUUGUGAUGGGGGAUUUUAGACUAUUCAGAAAGCUUUCAUUCAGAUCGGCAUGCAAUUAUUUAAAAAAAAAAACUUACUCGGACAU